GAGAUAGGGGAGGUGGGUGGUCACGUAACGAAGCGUGCUCGGUUCAUUCUGUAAGCCAGGGCUGGGGAGCUGAAGCUGCUGUCACUGGGAAAAAAAACCUUUGCUGUGCUUCCAUUUACCUCUAAUACCUACACAGAACAAGCAUGGCUCCCAAGAAAGCCAAAGCAGCGAGAAGAGAGCAAAAACAUGGAGGCAAGAAUGGGAAAAAGGAAGGCCUGUCCGGCAGCUCAUUCUUCACUUGGUUCAUGGUUAUUGCUCUGCUGGGUGUUUGGACAUCCGUUGCUGUCGUGUGGUUUGACCUUGUAGACUAUGAAGAAUUUAUUGGAAAACUGGGAGAUUACGACGCAGACGGUGAUGGAGAUUUUGACGUGGACGAUGCCAAGGUUUUGCUAGGAUUUGCCCAGUCUCCAAUAACGGAGAAAGCUACCAUGGCACCAGAUAUAGCAGGAGGCAUAACCAAGCCAAAAUCCAAAGCAGAAGUUAAAGAGGGUAUUAAAGAGCAACUUAAAAAGGUAAAAGAAAAAUUUGUAGGUCAUGACCAAGAACAAUCGAAGGAGAAACCCACCAAAGAGUCUGACCGGGAGAAAAAACCGGUAGAGAAGAGUGAAUCGAGGAGCAAAAGAGAUGAGAAACCUAGGGAGACUACAAGGAGGACAGCAAGCGGCAGGACCUCCAGUGGAGACCGGGGGAAAAAGACUGAGAAAAAGGUGGACAAAUGAUGGAGUCCAGCGCAGGAUGCAGAGGAACCUUCUGUCCUAGAAAAAUCAGCUGGGAAGGAAUUGUAUCAAUGAUCUGCAUUUCGCUCUGUCUGCUUAAGUAGUACUUUGGAUUUGGAAUAAUAAAAAAUUACUAUAUUUAAUGUGCAAUAUAAUACAGUGAGUACUGUAAAUUAGCUUGUGAAUGACUGGAACUCCAGUGCUACAUAGGAACAUUAAGCCACUUUAGAUUUUUAUUUAUUUUUGCCUUUUUUUUUUCCCUUGCUUUCUUUGAUAUUUCAUUUUAUUUAAGUGGUAGUUUCUGCUGUAGUAAUAUAUGAGAUGUAACUGAGAUGUUGGUUGCACUUGUGUAAUGUUUCCUUGCAUGACUACGUAUUAGGGGUUGAAAUAAAUUCAGUUGUUUUAA